AUGCCUCCUCGCCGUUCGAAGUCCACCCCCAAGGCCGCAGCACCCGUUGCGCCACCGGCUCCGACCAAGCGCUCGUCUCGUGCUAGCACGAAGGUCGCCACGGAGUCUAAGAAGGUCUCUCCUAAGGUUAUCAAGGCAGAAGAGCCUGACGUCGACGCUGUCUUCCGCACGAAGAACGGCGGCAAAGGCUCCUUGAAGUAUGACGGCUCCACCAAGAGCCGUGUGCGUCCCUCCGACUUGAACAAACCGGAGGUGUCUCCCACACCGGCUGGGCCGGUCAAAGCGGGUCCGUCGAAAAAGAAGGUCGUUCCCGUGGAGGCAAAGAAGGUUGCCGGUCGCCGUCGUGUGUCCCCCCGUCCCAUCAGGCGCAAAGUACAGGUUCUCAUACCUCGCACCUCGCGUCGUCGCGGUCCCGUUCCGAAAGACUCCGAUUCGGAUAUCGAAGUUGUCGAGUACGGCACCCUCCAUAACGACGAAGGCUAUGCCAGCGCCGACCCCGUCGACGAAGACAGUGAGGACGCCGUGAUGGAGGAUGUCGUCGACGACGAGGACGGGGCGGAAGAGGCGGAGACUGGAGAUGAGGGUGAGGGUGAGGGUGAUCGUGACGAUCAGCGCGAUGGGCGUGGAGAAGACGAUGUCGAGGACAAAGAGGAGGAGGAGGAGGAGGAGGAGGAGGAGGAGGCGGAGGAGGAGGACGGCAUGGAGGUUGACGAGUCGUCAGACGACGAGGACGACAACGGUAACUUGAAGGGGUUUAUUGAUGACGCCGGGGAGGAAAGCGAGGACAGCGGUGAUGGCAUGGACGUCGAUGAGGAUGAGGGCGAGCAGCCGGACUCCAGCCCGCUCCCCACCAAGAUAUCCAAGCCGGGGAAGAAACGUGCCGCUGCGAACCUGUCCGACGUCGAGGACGUUGCGCCCACUAAGCGCCGUGUCAUCGUCCACAAGGACGGUAGCAAGACCAUCAAGGCUAUCGGGUACACGGCUAGGGUGGAUCUGAAGGUCCGCGGCGCUGCGCGCAAGGCCGCUGCACUGGAACAGCUGGCUGAACAAAGACGCGUCCCGCGCAAGGCAAGGGCGUCCGGCGUUGGGCCGGCCUUCAUUGCGACCGAGAAGAACACUGCCAAGGAGAAAUCCAAGGCGAAGCCUAAGGUCAACGUCGACGCAAACACGAAGGACAAGAAGGUGCUCAAGGACAGCCUUAUGUUCAGGAGCAAGGGCAAGAAGAAGGCGGAGGAGCCGAAGGAGCCGGAGGAGCCGGUACUCGUUGAUCCUCAGUUCGCUGGAUGCGAGGUGACCCACGUGGACAAGCAGAGCAGCUUAAUGUGGGGUCUGUACAACGGCGACCCUGUCCUGAAGGCGGCUGUCAUCGACACCACUCGCGAGCUUCAGCCCGCAAACCUCGACGUCAUCGAGAACGAGGACCAGUUCAUACCUUUGGACACCUCGCGGAUACAGUGCUUGGCAACCUCGAAGAACCUGUCGAAGGAGUACAUGGUCAUGGGCGCGCACGCCUCCCCGAAGGAUCUUGUCUUCAAGCCCGCGGGUACGGGCUGGGUUCUCUGCCCUAAAGGCGCGGCGUCCGGGGAGGCCGUCGACUUCGUGUUACUUGCCUUUGUUCUUUCGAGCAACAUCAUCGAGGGCCGCACGUACAAGACUGCUCAGGGCGGCACUCGCCUUCUCAAGGAGCUCGAGCUCUUGCUCAUCCAGCAGGACUGCGACCGGGCUCUCUCCGUCAUCUCGAUGGUGUGGGGUGGCAAGAUCUUGAACCUCGUCGUUACGGAGGAUGGUGCGAUAACGUUCUCGACAAAGCAUACAGCUGUCGAUGAAGAGGGCAACGCCGAGAAGAAGAAGACCGGGCUCGGCAACAACUUCCUGGCAAAGUCGUCCCGUGCUAUCCCUCCUGGCACUGUGCAUGCGGAUCUUGAGCGUCGGCCACAUGAGGGCACGGACACAAUUCCUGUCUUCAACUCGACGGAGAACUUCCUGAAGUCCAACGAGAAUGAGCGCAUGCUCACGGCGAAGGAGGUCUUAACCCAAACCCGCAAGCCUGACACCCGCUGGAAUCGCGAGAUCCCUCAGGGCUCGUUAGUUGCCGUCCACAGCACGGUUUCCUUGUACACGAGCAACAAGGGAGCGAAGGCUAAGUACAUAUCCUUCAACUUGCUCGGUGCCCAGAUCAUUGCGAUGCCCAAGGACGCGUAG